UUCUCCGAUAGGUUAACGGUUUGACUGCCAUAAGGGCUCUGCAGAAACUCCGCCACAAGACAACUAGCUAGCUAGCAAGGUAUCAUUGCUAGUAAGCUAAGGCCACGAAACUUUAACCAAAUUAAUACAUAGACGUAGCGCGUUUUUCAGUUAAAGAUGUCAGGAGUAACGCAUUUAGCCAACGAGAACCCGCAUAUCUUUCAACGAUCAAAAGAAAGACUUUGGACUGCAGAGGAAGAGGACGAAGACAUUGCUGAUCCCAUUGACGACAGGGAAAUCUUUGAUCUCAUCAAAUCCAUCAAUGAUCCUGAGCACCCGCUGUCUCUUGAAGACCUAAACGUUGUGGAACAAGUGCGAGUCCAUGUUAAUGAUCCGGAAGGUUCGGUUAUUGUGGAAUUCACUCCCACCAUUCCCCACUGUAGCAUGGCUACCCUGAUUGGUCUUUCUAUAAAAGUCAAACUGCUAAGGUCCCUACCCAACAGAUUCAAGGUUGAUGUGCAUAUAACUCCUGGCACCCAUGCCACUGAGGAUGCAGUUAAUAAGCAGCUGGCAGACAAAGAGAGAGUGGCUGCAGCUUUGGAGAACACUCAACUCUUGGAGGUGGUGAACCAGUGCUUGGCUUCCAAACUUCCAACAAAUUUAAUGCCAUAAUAAAAUCAGUGUCAUAAGAUUCCAGAGAUAAUGGAUAGUUAUUGGUAUGAAUGACCUUGACCAUGAUGGGUUUUAUAGAGGAACAUGAUGGUGGUGAAUGAUUCAUAAUGUGCACUUUUAUUCCAGUAGUAUGUUUUUACAUGAACCUUUGUGCUUGUUGUUACAUUUGUUAUACACUUGUAUACAGCACUGUCCUACUGAACUGUCAAUAGUAAAAGAAAACACUGUAUAACAGUAUGGGCUGAGAACUACUCUUGCACCACCUAUUAUCACUGCUUGUUUCAAAUCACAAGUAUUUGUAUAGAUCACUGCUAGCCACAUUUAAAGGUUUAUGGAGGUGUCUUUGGCAUUGUGUUUUUCAAAUUGAUUAAAGGGUCUGAUGAGGUCAUUUCAGUGCACUUCCAUAUUUGUGAUGGGGUAGGGGCAGAUUCUCAGAAUCUGAAACAAAAAGACCUUGAAAGAGGAGUGGUGAGUGGGGAGGCAGACAUGUCUCCGGUAUUGGGCGUUGUGGGGAGUGAUGGAACAGUCUAGAAGUGACCUUUCCGCCGUGUCCCCCUGAUGCCUACAUUCUGGAAAUGCACUGAUGCACAAGUGGUCAUUUUAGACAUUUUAAAUAAAUACAUGCUUUUUAAACAGUC